UAAUGAAAAAUCAAUGUGUGGAAAUCGAGAAAUAUUGAUGAUAAAUCGCUGAAAGUAACGGAAUAUAAACUUUGACGAAUUUACAGUGUAAUCGGGAAGAUUGCCCAACAGAUAAAGUUAUCUUUGUGACAGGCAAAGUAUGAAGAAACGUCGCGUGUUGUUUAUACUGUCUUCCUUGCUCGGAUUAACGGCCAUCGUUCGUAUAUUUUGGAAAGAACUGUCGAUAGAAUUGACAGCCAUCUCAUCCAAACAGCUUUACUGCUAUUGGAGUAGAUCCAAUGGUAUCGUGGAACUUAAGCAAGGAGAAUGGGAUGAAGAAAUGCUAAUACCAAGCCGAUGCAUAUUCUUUCAUAACACCAAUUGUUCACCGCCUUAUCUCACUCCUCGACAAGCGUGCGCCGUAGAAUCAGCAGCCAAGAACAAUCACAAUUUGAAUGUCUUUGUGCUUUUCUUCGCGACCGACCAGUUGUCUGAAAAAUCCAAAGCAUUCAUCGAUAUUUUGCAGACAUACGACAAUGUAUACAUAAGGAGAGUACAUUUGUCGACAUACGUUAUCGAUACACCAUUAGAGAAUUGGUUUUCGAUAAACGUUCAAGAAUUUUCAGAGAAUCAUGAUUGGCUACGUAAAGAUUUUCACGAUUACAUCCGGAUGUUGACACUAUGGAAAUUCGGCGGUGUGGCGUUAAAUCUGAACAACAUAAUACCGACAUCCUUGGAUGAGUUGAACACUUUCGCAGUUGCGCAAGACAAUCAAAGUGCGGACGUCGAUGUGUUCGGCGUGGACACGAGCACGAAUUUUGGCAUGAACUUUGUCAACACUUCAAUAAAAGUUAUUAAAAAUAUCAAUGUGGAGAAUUAUUCACGAUACAACAUCACAAGAGUAAUAGUUGAAGUUCUGCAAAAACUCUGUUAUGAGCAAUAUGACAGAGAAUGCAAGAAGUUCACGAUUUAUUCACCCGAGAAAUUCUACUCUGUGCUUCCUUAUUCACGGAAUAUGGAUAAAUUGAUGAAAGUGAUGCAAAACGCAAAAAUGAUCUAUUCGUGGACAAAUUAUAGCCGGGAUACUAAAGCGGAUACAAUGGCGACUUACAGAAUAGCUGCUAAAUUGCAUUGCCCGAAGAUAUACGAUUUCGCGCAAUAAUGGCGUUCUUCUGGCGUAUCACAUAUUUCAAUGAUGUUUUACAGUCGUGUAACGAACCGAUUCCGACAAGCUUCGAUCC